AUGUACGAGGGUCUAGUCACCGCGUCCGUCGCGACCAUCGAGCCGCCAUCCAUCACAGACGACAGUGAUGUACAAAUCACAGACGUGAAAGAUCUCGGCUCGUAUAACUGGGCUGAAUCGCCAGUAAGCAAGCAUUCUCGUUCUCCGCCUAUUUGGGUAGACAGAGCGCCACCAUUUACCAUCCAGCGCGAUACUGGUCUCUUCUAUGUCGACCAGAACGGAUAUCGCAUGGCAAAUGCGCCCCUUUUGCCCCUUUUCAAAGCGGUAGAUAUCAUACAGAAAGACAAUGGCGAUCCAGCUUUGGAUUGGUCUUCUGUAGAUAUCAUAUCCGAUCGCAAUGGCCUCAGGAAAUUAGUCCGUUGGGUUAAAGGCUCGAAUGAGCCCAAAACCUUCAGGAUUGAUAUGCAAUUAGUUGGGGAGAGAACAGUACUCUUGAGCCGAUGGAACACUCGCUUACAAGAAGAGGUUGUGGGAUAUGGACACAACUUUGAACGGGACUGCACACGCCUUGCUCCAGGAUGUGAAAAGAGUUCAGGCCACCAUCGAAUCGUCAACUACAAUUUUGAAGGCCUUAAUAUGGUCGUUCGUUUUGAGGUGGAUGCCUGCGUAAGCUCUCCUGUUACGGUGCCCUCUAGAUCUUCAAGGGCGGAUGAUCUGGAGUCGGCGAUGGCGGGACUCGCUAUCAGGCCGGCGUCAAAACCUGCAUCUACUGUUACUGAGGACGGAAUCACAAUCUGCAAAGUGGGAACCAACAUACCUAGGACUUCCAUCGUAGAGCUCACCACUUUACGCGAGGGGAAUCUAGACCAAUUCGUCUGGGACGAAGUCUACUUCCAACUCCUGCUCUCUCAGACACCCAACCACUUCCUAGCUUUACAUACUAGGGGCACGUUUUCGAGAGUUGAGAGGCGAAAACUCUCUACUAUGGGCGAAAAGCUGGAGGGCGGCGAUAAGGCGCAGCGUGUCAUGAAGGGCAUGAAGCGGGUGUUAGAGGCCAUCCAGGAACUUGCAAUUACGCACGGACCGGAGGGGAGGUUGACUUUGGUGUGUGAUGGUACUGAGUUAAAAGUCUACAGCAGAUUGAGCGAUGGCAGUCUUUUACCUAAGAGUAUAUUGAGCCGAUUUGAUUGA